GCUUGCUUGAUGAAUAUGGCUUUUCAUAAAUCCUGUAAAUAAUAUCAUUUUCGAUUUUGGACGCUGAUAUUUGGGAAAAAAGAAUCAAAUUUCUCAAGCUAAUUAACCAUUCGUACAACAUGGUUUCUCGAGAGUUUGUGGAGAAUAUAGCUUCGUCUCUUGUUCGAGAGUAUUUAAGCCGGAAGGACUGCAAGAGCACCCUGAAAGUCAUGGAUUCUGAGAUGCCAAGGACGGAGCAGAGUAUCAGUAACAGAUCACAGCUCGCCAGGGAGGUGCACAUUGAAAAAAUCAUGAGGAAAAACAAGGACGCCACUGAGCCAUAUCGAUCUAUGAUCGAAGUCAUCGUCAAGUUUCUGAUUGAAAAAGGGUCUAGCAGCAAGGACAAUGAUGGUAUCCCCGAGCAGCGAUCUUCCACGGAUCUCAGGUCAUCAGAAAGGAAGACUUCACACUCAUCCAGGGGGAAGCACAAGGAGAAGUCGGAUCAGAAGCAACAUGGUGCGAAGUCUCCCAGAACAAGUAACAGUAGUCCUACCGAAUUGACCGGUUUACCUCAGUCAGACGUCAGUACAGGAUCGCUAGGUCGAGAACCCACCAUGGUCAUCACCAUGAAAGACCGGCCGAACGUGAAACCAGAUGACCUACAGCUUGCCAAAGAUCUUCAGUCACAGAAAUCCAUUGGUUCGGAUGAAAGUAAAAACAGAUUGUCCUCUUCUUCAUCGUCAUUGAGUAACAUGAAUAACACUGGAAAGAAGUCUAUUCGGCCGGGCAGUGCUUCGAAAAAUAGGGGAUUAUCAGGACCCAUCACCAGCAGCUUAGAUCCUGGAGAUAGAAGAAGAAGUCAAAAGAGUUCAAAGUCCUCGGCGCACUCCCUGAUAUCAGCAAGUAAGUCUGCGACCUUUGAACCUGACACAUCUACCUCAGGCUUUGACCUUUCCCCUUCCAAGCAGACGACGUCGUCUUCAAGCCGUGGCCUUCUGAAGAACUUUGGCUUUGAUCUCUCUCCGGAAAAUACCCUAGAGAAGACGGAGUCCCCCGGUAAGGAUGCAUCACAAGGAUUGGAUGGAAAGACCAAUGGACACACCACCUUGUCCUCUGCAAAGGCCGACAGAUCAUCAAGGCACAGAAGAUCCUUUGAUGAUAACACGGAAGUUGGUAGACCAGGAAGUAGAUCAGGAGUUAGCAGCUCUAGGAAAGGACCAUCUUUGGACAUGCCAUCAGUAAGCACUCAAAAGAAAGAAGUCUCAACCCUAGGUGACCUUGAGAUGGGGGAUAUAGACGACCUUGAUGAUGACUUUCAAGGAAUCCAGCUUGGGUCGUACACACCGAGCAGCAAGAAACCCAUCGAUACCAGACCAAUCACACAACAGCUAGCAAUGCAAUUAAAGACCCUCUUGUUCGGUCAAGGAACUGGGUGUUUCAAUGAUGAAUGGAGGUUGCAGGGACUCGGCUUCAAUGAGCUAUCAGACAUUUCAUAUGGAAUCGUUCAACACAAGGUAUGAGCUGGAAUGUGAUGUUAUGAAUAUUCAUGCAUUACUGUGAUUUUACCCUCUAUUUAGCGUCUAGAUAAUAGCUUCCUUAAUUUCCUAUUGACUAUCAUAAUUUAAUUCUCGUUAUUAUAUUUUUUCAAAGGAAAAUCAGUUUUCAUUGAAGUAGUAUGAAUGUUAAAGGUAUAGUGUAUGAUUGGUUGAUCUCAGACAAGGGCAAUGAAUCAAUUUUGAAAUUAUUACAUUCAUUAAAUACCUAUAUUAUUGCUCUAUUUUAUCACGGAAAAGAAACUUGCAUAACUUUUAUAUUUUCAUGAUAUUGAGGGGUGAAACAUAUAUUAUAACAAAUGUCGGUUAAACGAGAUAAGGUUGAACUUUCUUAUUGACGCCCUCUCGGGUUAAAAAAUAAAUUGAUAUUAGAACAC